UUGUCCAGAGACUGGGAGGGAGUGCAAGGCGAUCGCGUUAAACCUCCGCAGAAUGACCGAAGAACAUUAUCUGGAACUUUGCGAAAACCCGGUUCAGUUCGAAAAUGCUUCCAGUGUCAACAAUGUCUUUUUUGACGAAGCAAAUAAGCAAGUUUUCGCUGUUCGAUCAGGUGGUGCUACCGGGGUUGUGGUUAAAGGACCAGACGAUAAAAACUCGAUUGCAUUCAGAAUGGAUGACAAAGGUGAAGUGAAAUGUAUCAAAUUUUCUUUUGGAAACAAGAUUUUAGCCGUCCAAAGAACUGCCAAAUCAGUGGACUUCAUCAACUUCAUUCCCGAGCUCCCACACUUGGAAUACUCUCAAGAAUGCAAGACCAAGAAUGCCUGUGUUCUGGGGUUCUGUUGGACCAACUGGAAUGAAAUUGUUUUCAUCACUGAUCAGGGAAUCGAGUUCUAUCAGGUGCUGCCAGAUAAGCGCAGUCUGAAGCUGUUGAAGAGUCAGAGCAUUAAUGUGAACUGGUAUAUGUACUGCCCGGAGACUUCAGUCAUCCUGCUGUCUACCACUGUGCAGGGCAAUGUACUGCAGCCCUUUGCCUUCAAGAGUGGAACAAUGUCCAAAAUGUCCAAAUUUGAGAUUGAGCUGCCAGUGGUCCCCAAACCUGCCAAGCUAAGUUUGUCAGAGCGCGACAUCGCUGUGGCAACGAUCUAUGGCCAGCUGUAUGUAAUGUAUCUGAAGCAUCACUCCAGAACAGCCAACAGUCCAGGUGCUGAAGUUGUUCUCUAUCACCUACCCAGGGAGGGCUCCUGUAAGAAGACCCAUGUGCUGAAGCUGAACACAACAGGGAAGUUUGCGCUUAAUGUGGUGGACAAUUUAGUGGUGGUGCAUCAUCAGAGCUCUCAGACUUCCAUCAUAUUUGACAUCAAGCUGAAGGACCUGGACAGCGCCUUGAACGUCCACCAGCCAGUGCUUCCCGCACGGUCCAUCCACCCCUAUAAGAUCCCGCUGACUGGUACUGCUGCCGUGGCCACCCAGGCCCCCAUACGUUGCGAACUCUACUCUUCUACUUGGAGUGUCUUUCAGCCAGACAUCAUCAUUAGUGCCAGUGAAGGGUAUCUGUGGUACUUGCAAGUGAAAUUGCAGCCAGCAGUUAACCUCCUGCAGGACAAAGGCAAGCUAAUGGACUUUCUGCUGCACAGACGGGACUGCAAGAUGGUUAUUCUGUCAGUGUGCUCUCAAAUGCUUAAUGGGGGAGAGAAAAGGAAUCUACCAGUGGUGGCCACUGUCUUUGACAAGCUGAACCAGGUCUAUAAAGAGUAUUUGGAGGCAGAGCAGAGCUACACCUUGGCAGUAGAGUCGGGACCAGCCAGGGGUGGCAGCACUCACAAGAGACCGGUCCGUACACAGGCAGUCAUCGACCAGUCUGACAUGUACACUCACGUCCUGUCCGUGUUCACAGAGAGGAAGGAUGUCUCCCACAAAUUUGUCAUCGCUGUGCUGAUGGAGUACAUCCGCUCACUCAACCAGUUUCAGAUCACAGUGCAGCACUAUCUUUACGAGCUGGUUAUUAAAACAUUGGUCCACCACAACCUCUUUUACAUGCUCCACCAGUUCCUACAGUACCACGUUCUCAGUGACUCAAAGCCCCUGGCCUGCCUGCUGUUGUCACUGGAGAGCACCUACCCCCCAGCCCAUCAGCUCUCACUGGACAUGCUCAAGAGGCUGUCCACAGCCAACGACGAGAUUGUGGAAGUGCUGCUCUCCAAGCAGCAGGUCCUGGGGGCUCUGCGCUUCAUCCGAAGUGUGGGCAGCCAUGACAACAUCUCAGCACGCAAGUUCCUUGAUGCUGCUCGGCAGACCAAGGAUCAGAUGCUCUUCUACACCAUCUUCAGGUUCUUUGAGCAGAGGAACCAGCGACUGCGUGGGAGUCCCAGUUUCACCCCAGGGGAGCACUGUGAGGAGCAUGUGACCUACUUCAAGCAAGUGUUUGGGGAACAAGCCAUCAUGAAGCCAGUCACAGUCUGAUCGGUCCUGUGUCCCUUGCAACUUGUUCUAACCAGUACAGAUUAAUUUACUGCAUAUAAUGUUCUACAAAAAAUGCCAAGUUACUGAAUAAAGUUAUGUACAUAUGUACGCAGUUAGUUUUGGCAAGUAUUAAAAAAACACCAGCAGUCUGUGAGUAAAUUAGUUUCAUUUCCCUUUAAAAAAAAAAGAGUUGAGGUGAAGGAAAAUUGCACUUAUCCCAGCGCUGUGGAAGACAGCUGAAACCUCAGGACUCAGGAUGCAGGUCCUUUCCGUCUGGGAAAGCUUAGUGUUACAGGUGAUCAUAGACAGAUGAGGGCUGGGUCACAGAGCCACGUCAAACUUGAAAGGCAUAAAAAAACACAAGAUCUUGGGAGAGUUUUCCUGAGAUGUUUCCUGUGGACUGUGCAUGUUCAGAGAAGUCAAGUCACACCCCUCCUCACCUCACUUCACUGGCUGCCUGUUACCACUUGCAUCAGGUUCAAAACCUUGGUGCUGGCAUACGGGACAGUGAAUAGGACAGCCCCCUCCCACCUACAGUCGAUCUUCAAACCGUAUGUACCACCCAGAUCACUAUGCUUUGCAACCAUGGGGCAACUGACUGUCCCUUCCUGACAGAGUCACUCCUUUCAGCCACAGUGCCUAUUUGGACUGGUUCCCCUGUGGUGGAAUUAACUUCACAUGGACGUCAGGACAGCAGAAUCACUGGCCAUCUUCUCAAACAGACUGAACACCCGCCUCUUCAG